AUGGCUAAAAGAAAACAUAUAGAAAAUCUGAAAAGUUCGUCAUAUAAGAAACAGAAACCCAACUCAUCAACCACAUUGGAUCCAAAUACGUCAGGGAUAUAUGUAACGUGUGCAAGAAACAAAGAAAAAUUGGCAAUAGAAGAGUUAAUGUCAAUACUUUCAGAGAAAGUAGAAGACUUGAUUGAAAAACUGGACGAUGAAGACAAUGACGAAACCAAGAAAGAGUUGUCAAUUGAAGAGAAAAUCAAAGCUGAACUUCUAGAGUUGGAAGUAACUACAAAAAAUAAAAAAUCAAAUUUACUACAACCAAGUAAACUAGAUUGUGAAUGUGUAGUAUUUAUCAAAACUAAAAAACCCAUAGAUCCAGUGAAAUUAGUGUAUGAUAUUUCAAAAGAUUGUUAUAAUUCUGGAGUAAAAAAUACAAGAUAUACUCAAAAAUUAACUCCAAUUACUGAUUCAUGUUCUGCAACUGGAGAAAAUCCAACAGAACAAUUAAAAUUAUUAUCUCAAAGAAUUUUAAAACCUCAUUUUCAUAACGAAAAAGAUCAGAAACCAAUAAAAUUUGCAAUACAAGUAUCUAGGAAGAAUUUUAGUAUCUUAACUUCAGAUGAAAUUAAAAAACUUGUGGCUGAAACCAUUGGUCGAGAUCAUAAUCAUACAGUUGAUUUAAAAAACUAUGAUAAAUUGAUAAUUGUUGAAUGUUAUAAAACCAAUGUUGGAAUGAGUGUUGUCGAAGAUUAUUUGAAAUACAGUAAAUUUAAUUUACAACAAAUAUAUGACAAAACAAUCAAAUCAUAA